AUGAAGAAGUUUUUCAGCUUCUGGCGUAGGAAGGAUGAAUCUCGCAGCUGCGCCUCAGACCUGCAGAUAGGCCCGGCCAGUAGUCGAUACCGCUCCCGCCCCCAGGCGCAACCGGGCUACAACCUUCGAGAUAGGGAUUUAAGGAAACUUCAUAAAGCUGCCUCAGUCGGGGAUUUGGAGAAGGUGCAGGAGUGCCUUCACCUCAAGAAACAUGAUGUGAACAUGCGGGACAAAGAAUACAGGACACCUUUGCAUCUGGCCUGUGCUAAUGGAUAUACAAGUGUUGUGUCUCUCUUAAUUGAGAAACAAUGCAAAAUGAAUGUCCAGGAUAGAGAAAACAGAUCUCCAUUGAUUAAGGCAGUACAGUGUCAGAAGGAGAAUUGUGCUACUCUUCUUCUAAACCACGGUGCAGACCCAAAUCUCGUAGAUUUUGAUCUCAAUACUGCUCUUCAUUAUGCUGUCUGUGGUCACAGUGUUUCAUUAGUAGAAAAACUGCUUGAACACAAAGCUAGUCUUGAAGCUCAAAACAAGGAUGGAUAUACUCCACUUUUACUUGCUAUUACAGAAAAUAAUGCAGAAAUGGUAGAAUUUCUUCUGAAGAAAGGGGCAAAUGUGAAUGCUUCAGAUAACUCUCAAAGAACAGCCCUUAUGAUUGCUCUCAGUGUUGAACCAACAAGUUUAGUCAGUCUUAUUCUUCAGCAAGAUGUGGACCUAUCCCGCCAAGAUAUUUAUGGAUUCACAGCUGAGGAGUAUGCUUCUUUUAAUGGUUUUUCUAUAUACUAUCAAUUAAUGGCUAAUUAUGGAAAGGAGAAGAAAGUUAAACAGACAUCUUAUUCUGAAAAUACAACUUUGAGCACUAUAUGUGGUCCAGAACUGAAGGAAGAUAUUUUUACUCACUGCAAAAAUCCUUUCCAAAAGCGUGGUGAUCCCUGGAAUGACCAAGACGAGGAAUUUCAAAUGCACGAAGAAUUUGAAGCUAUUGAAGAACCG